AUGCCGUCCAUUGAUGAGGACGAAGACCGCGAUUUGGCUGGUUCCCAAGAUGGAAGCAGCGAUAAUGAAAAUGAGAUCGACGACAGCAUGCGCGACGUUGAUGACGCAGAUGGCGACGGGGAUGGAGACAAUGACAAUGAGAAUGACAAUGACAAUGAACCCGAUGGUGACGCGGACGGAGACCAAGACCCCGAUAGCCCUUCAAAUGCAAGCCAGACGUCAGAGGGUGGUAUAGCUUCGCAGCAAAAUCAAGACUCAAGGGCCAUGUCGGGAAACGGGCAUACGAGCAUGGCGGAGUCCUUCUCCAUCUACCACCCGAGUGUGCGCCCGGAAUGCCUAACGGCCAGUACCUACGAUAUCGCCCCUACCACCGCCGCACCUCAUAGCACCUCCAUCAAUGCGAUCACCGCGACAGCUGAUAUGCGCUGGGUUUUCACUGGGGGGUCAGAUGGUUAUACACGAAAAUUCAACUGGGCGGACUCGAUCAACAGCAAGCUUAUGUUGACCGUGGCGCAAAGACACCCGUUCGUGGACAGUGUAGUGAAAGCCGGUGUAUUGAUGACAUAUUGGGAAAAUAUGGAUGGGAACAGCUUGUCCUCGGUGUACUCUCUGGCAUGCCAGAGCGAAGGCUUGUGGCUCCUAUCUGGGUUGGAGUCCGGUGGUAUUCGGCUACAGACCUUGCGUCACGAUGAAGGCAGGGAGAUUGUGCAACUAAGACAACAUACUUCCGCUGUUUCAUGCUUAAGCUUGACAUCAGAUGAAAAGUCACUACUUUCGGGGAGUUGGGAUAAGCGAGUAUUUGACUGGGAUUUGAAUACAGGACAGGCUCGUCGUGCAUUUGGUGGGAGCGCAGCUCAAAUAUGCACAGUGCAGAUCCGACCGGAGUCUAGUCUACCAGUCCCGCAAGAUACGGCUGAGCCCUACCUGAGCAACGGCACCUAUGCUUCCAAUUAUCAAGCUAGGGACACGGGCACAUUCAAUUCCAGUGGCGCCGCCGAAGAUGUUGGAGAAUCAGGCGCCGCCGAAAACCCACAGGCGGGAUCACCAGCAGAUUCACUCUUCGGUGGAGCAGACUCAUUAUUUGGCGACGGGGAUGGUGGCGCAGGGGACGGAGGGGAGCCAUCGGGCGGCGUGUUUGGAGUAGACGAAGAUGACGAGUUUGGCAAGGCGAUGGUCAAUGGCCUUGCUGAUGCAGAUGCCCCUGGAGAGAUUGACACCGAUAUGCCACAGCCUGAAACUAAUCACCAGCCGGAUGCCGCUCCUGCUGAACCAAAUGAUACUGCGAAUGGCCCGCAGCUGACCAAUGGACAUAUCGACACGGAUAUGUCAGGUACAGAGGCACACCCGGUUACAAAUGGGAUCCCCAGAGCUGAAGAGCUUGAAUCAUUCCCGGGACAAGAUCCUCCACAGACUACCUCAUCGGAGCAAAAUGGAUCUGGCACAGAUACUACGUUCCUGGCAGCGUCUAUUGAUGGAACAAUACGAUUGUGGGAUAGGCGUCAACCUGAUCCAGUUGCUCGAAUCAACUCUCGUAACGCUCCUCCAUGGUGUAUGAAUGCUUGCUGGUCUCCAGAUGGAAAUUACAUUUAUGCAGGACGACGAAACGGUACAGUGGAAGAGUAUAGCUUGCACAAGGGCCUUCGUGAGGCCGAGCGUACGUUUAAGUUUCCUCAAGGAAGCGGUCCGGUCACGGCACUCAAGGCAAUGCCAAAUGGUCGCCAUCUUGUGUGUGCUUCCCAUGAUAUUCUCCGCCUAUACGACUUGCAGCACGACCAGUCUUCUCGUCAAACUACUCCCUUCUUGAUUAUUCCGGGCCAUCGUACCGGCACCAUUUCUCAACUGUACCUCGAUAAUGCUUGUCGAUUCAUGAUCUCCACCAGUGGUAACCGUGGCUGGGAAGGAAAUACCACGGAAGUUUUACUGGGCUACGAGAUUGGAGUUCCUCAAUGA